AGAGAGCCAUUAUCAAUUUUUCUUUUACCCGAGGCUCCUCCUCCUCCUCUCAAUCUUCUCCUCCCUACUGGUUUCGUCUGCGAAUCUUCUUCUUCCCCCAAAAUCGAAUCGAUUAGGGGUUUACUAGACCAGUUUUAUAUAUCUAGCAUCUCCCUUCCGUCGAUUGGGUUCGUCGGAUUUUUUCAAUGCCUGCUACUUCUUUUCCCGAAGAACCCUAGCCCACUGCUAAUCUUCGCCUUCGGUUCUGGCUUCACUUUGAGAGUUUGAUUUAUCGCUUUUCCCCUGAUGGCUCCCAGCCGCAAGAAAGGCGGUGCUAAGGCUGCCGCCGCUGCUUCCGCCCGGCCACAGUGGAAGGUUGGCGAUCUCGUGCUUGCCAAAGUCAAAGGCUUUCCUGCUUGGCCUGCCGCGGUUAGCGAACCAGAAAAGUGGGGCUACUCAGCGGAUAAGAAGAAAGUACUGGUUCACUUUUUUGGCACACAGCAGAUAGCUUUCUGCAAUCCUGCUGAUGUUGAAUCAUUUACGGAGGAGAAGAAGCAAUCGCUUUUGACAAAACGUCAUGCAAAAGGUUCAGAUUUUGUCCGUGCGGUUAAAGAGAUCGCAGAGAGUUACGAGAAGCUGAAACAGCUGGACGAAUCUAAUGAUCCUAAAUCUGCUGAAGAAACAACGGUUGGAAGUUCUGGGAAUAUUAUAGAACUGCCUCAGGCCAGCGAAAAUCUAAUUGGUACAAGACUUGAUACACAAAUAGAAUCAUCUAGUCAUGGUAGAGAUGAAACGACUCUUCUCAGCGAGGACGCUUCAGCUGCUGAACAAAUGCUAGCUCUGCGUCAUAACAGUCUAGCUCGUAAUGGAGCCUGUGAUAAUGCAGCAGCCAAAGAUCUGUGUGAGAUAGCUACACAUUCUUCAAGGAGAAGAAAUGAACGGGCGCGGUCUCAAAAGUGUGCUCCACUGAAAUUAGUAUUACCGGUUCAUCACUCUAAAAUCUCGCCAAGCUUGGAAUUCGAUAGGCUUCAAAGGUCCAUUCGUCAAUGCAGUGAUGGUGGCCACAGUGUAGAUGAUAUAGAUGAUGGAACUAUAGGAAGGAGAAAGAGGAUCCGAAGGUCAGAUCAUUCUGAAUCAGAUGAUGUGGUUUCAUCAGUUCAAAAAUUGCACGGAUCUGAUGAAGAAAACGCCUCUGAAAUUGCUACAGGUGAGUCUGACACUAAUAGUAGGAAUAUGGGCAAUGGUGUGGAUUCUGAUUCCAAAGUUGAGCAUUCUGAUGCUGUUGGUGAGGGGUGCGAAGGAGCUCAUGAGCUCAGCAAAGGGCUUGAUUUCCAAAUUAGUACCAUCGUAAAGAGGAAGAGGAGGAAGCCUACCAGAAAACGUGAGACCUGUGACCUUGUUAACCCUCCUGCUAAAGUUGAAGCAGAAGAAGGUUCUGGGACCAAGGCGUGUGAUAGCUGCCAGGGAUCUCAAAAUUCUCAUGAAACGCUGAAUGAGAGGCCCUGUGCAGAGAAUGGUGAUGAACACUUGCCUCUGGUAAAACGAGCCAGAGUCCGAAUGAGUAGAGCUUAUUACGCUGAUGAAAAGGUCAACGCCUCUUCACAGUUCGAAGAAAGAUCAUCCAAAGACACUCCAACAAGUUCAGCCAUGCAAACAAGCCCCUCGGUUAAUCAUGAAAAUGAUAUUGUAUCUGGUCAUGAUACUUCUGCGGCCAAAGAAUUUAACAGCUUUGAGUUGUCUGGUAAGCUCCCAGGUGAUAUGGUUGAUGUAUUGCCUUCUCAUAUGGGCAAACCUUCUGGCAGAAUGUCUCCGUCUAUGUCCUGUGUUCAGACUGUAGGAGAUAAACAAACUGCUAUGGAGGUCCAUGAGAACGAAUUGAGCAUGACGCCAAAUGAUGAAGUAACUCGAGCACGGUCUAAUAAACUUGGCAGUUCGCUAGAAGGGAACGCUCGUGUAUCUGAAGGUUUUCAGGGUUGUUCGGAGGAAUCACAAACCAUAAACUGUCUAAAUGUUGAGUCCGAUCCUAUUGACAUGCAAUGCACACGUCAAAGUGAGAACAACGGAACCCCUUUCAAUCCUGAUACUGUGGACUCAUCUGUAAAUUAUCCCCCGAGUUUAUGCUCGGGUUUGGAUAUGACAGCGUCAUGGGUACCUGCUCAGUCUCCUCAUCAACACCAAAGCCAGGACCAUGAUUCUUGUGACCAUUCAUUGGUCGCUGUUGAAGAUGCUUCCCUUAAAGAAAAAUGUGAGAAUAUUGAUAAUGUGACUCAGGGUGUUCAGUCCCAAGUUGUAGAACAUUCUCCAGCGUUCUGUUCAGUGGUCAAUAAUCAGGCGGCUGAAAACAUGCAGGAAACUGAAAACACUCUACUGGAAAUAAAACAAGGAAGUCUGGGUAAAGAACUUGAUAGUGGCAAACAAGCUCAGAUAAUACAGAAUCCAGCUCUCUCUGCCACUGAACGUUAUAUGAUGGAUAAAGAAGCGGAACCUCAGUAUGAAACGGUGCAUAGCCACUGUGAGGAUGCUGUGGAGAACAAAGAGCUGGAAAAGAGCUGUGAGGCAGAUGAGCAGAAAGAGCAGAUCCAAGCCACCAAUUCUGUCUCAGUAUCUGAGAACCUUUCACGUGAAAAAAUGAGUCUAUCUCCUGACUCUUCUGCCAAGGGGGCUCCACAUGGCAAUAUGUCUACUGUAGAAGGUGCAUAUAGUAUGCAGAACAACAGUAAUUGUAGCACCAGUGGCGAGAAAAAAACUAUCAGCGAUGACACAGGCAAAGAAGAAAGGAGGGUUGGAAUUGGUGUAACUCAGGUGAAGAAAAUCGAUAGUUCUGAUGUGCAAUUCACCAUUGAAUCUUUUGAGACCGCACUUGCCUCCUUGGUGAGGACAAAGGAGACCAUUGGCCGUGCAACUCGUUUAGCUAUGGACUUGGUGAAAUUUGGUAUGUCGGCAAAGGCCAUGGAAAUUCUUGCUCAUACUUUGGAAAGCGAGUCAAACUUACAAAGGAGGGUGGACUUAUUUUUCCUUGUGGAUUCUAUUGCUCAGUGUUCUAAAGGUCUGAGUGGUGAUGCUGGCGGUGUUUAUCUUUCAUCCAUUCAAGUUAUGCUGCCUCGCCUGUUGGCUGCUGCUGUCCCGGCUGGAGCUACCACACAAGAAAACCGGAGACAAUGCUUGAAGGUUUUGAGGCUUUGGCUCGAAAGAAGGAUCCUUCCUGAAUCUAUUGUUCGUCACCAUAUAAGAGAACUUGAUUCACAUAGUAACGCACCUGCUUGCCUCUAUUCUCGGCGCUCAGCGCGAACAGAAAGGGCGCUGGAUGACCCCGUCAGAGACAUGGAGGGUAUGCUCGUGGAUGAAUAUGGAAGUAAUUCAACUCUCCAGCUUCAUGGAUUGUGCAUGCCUGCAAUGCUUAAGGUUGAAGACGAAGGAAGUGACUCGGAUGGGGGUGAUUUUGAGUCUGUCACUCCUGAACACGACUCCAGAAUUUUAGAAGAACAUGUUACACCUUCCAUUACUGAAAGGCAUACUCGUAUACUUGAAGAUGUUGACGGCGAGCUCGAAAUGGAAGACGUGGCUCCACCUUGGGAUGUUGGAAGUAAGGCACCCACUGAUCAAGCUGAUAAUACAGAGUCUGCAUAUUGUCAGCCUGUCUCUGGCACCUCACAUCAGAAUGUGACCUCGUUAUCUCCAUUAGCUCCCCCUUCACAGAAUGCUCAGUGUACCAUGUCUGAUUCCUACACAAAUGGUUUCGACAGCAGUGGAUAUCCCGGCAUGCACGGAGAUCAGCAGGCACGGAUGAAUCCAUCUACGCAUUACCGAAGUCCUGAAUCAUCUUAUAGUUCCCGUGCAUCUUUGUCAAAAAACAUGCCACGCGGUGAGGGUUCUGACUUCCAGCAUAGGCCUUAUCCAUCACCUAAUCCCCCACCUCCGCCUUCUCAUCACUAUUAUUCACAUAUGGAUCCGGACAACCAUAUGACAGAAGGUCCAUCCUACCCUCACGGAUCUCAUUACACAGGGGAUUUUGGUGAAAGGAAUUAUCAUGAUAGCCAUGAGAGCAUGAGGCAUGCACCAUAUGAGAGUCGAGACAAUUGGAGAUAUCAUCCGCCGCCUUCUCAAGGUCCACGAUAUCAGGACAGACACAAAGGCCAUUAUCAAUCCAGUUCAUACAGUGGCUAUCACCGUGACUCUGGAAGGUUUCAGAACCACAGGUGGAGUCAUCAUUCUCCGCGUGCAUAUAACAACAACAACAGACACUCUUUUCAACAUAAACCACAUUCGGAAGGCCAUGUUCCAGUCCCAAUGAGAGAUCCGCAAGGCACAUGGCAUCAGAGGUGAGUUACAGACAUUACAGAUGGAGAUAGACGGGUAAGUCCUACGCGGGAGGUGCUCUGUCUGCUCUAAUUUGAAGAUAUUGGGCUUAAGUAGGUUUAGGGAAGAAAGUGAGCUCGGCUGGAACAUAACUUGGCCAUUUGAGAGAGAGAGAGAGAUGCAUUCAAGGCCUUUGUUUAGGGAUUUAAAUAGAGAAGUGAAGGAAAAAGCACACUGUAAGUGUACAUAUGAUGAUGGAUGAUGAUGUCGUUGCUAAAAACCUCAUUGAUAAAUUGAAUUCAAAAAGCAGCAAGUCGUGAGAAGAUUUGGUAAAAAUCCGUUUGUGGAAAUUUAGAUAGGCAUUUAAAUUUGUGUU